UAAUUAUUUAAAACGUACCUACUCAGUAGCGCAAAUGCCACCGUUGGGAUCGGUCGGACUGAAUGCCCAGGCACCAUAAAACAAAGUUCGACCGGUUCUAAUAGAAUAUCGUCGCCAAACAGAAGAUUUUAUCUAAAUUUAUAACGGGCAUCUAAAAUUACUCUCGCAAUAAGCCAAGGAAUUAACUCCAAAAUUAACCGGUUCAUCGAAAUUAUGUUCGAACGCGACAGUGUUUUGGUUUGCGCUUUGGUUGUCUUGGUCGCCAAGGAUUUGUAUGUCGUCGGGGGUGUUCCUAUCAAAAGGGCCGCGGAGGAAUUGUCCAUGAUUUUGUUGCACAACAAUGACAUGCACGGAAGAUUCGACGAGACAGAGAGGAAUUCUGGAUCGUGUCAAGUUAGCAAUCGGAACAAAAGUUGCAUAGGCGGAUUCGCGAGAACGGCUCACGUUAUAAGAAAAUACCGACAGAAAGCAAAAGAAGGCAUUUAUCCACCAGUAUUGUAUUUAAACGCUGGUGAUACAUUCGUGGGAACAUCGUGGUUCAGCGUUUUUACUUGGAAUAUCAGUUCGGCGUUUAUUAACAUACUGGAACCUGAUGCUCUGUCACUUGGAAAUCACGAGUUUGACCUCACCGUCGGCACCUUGGCGCCGUUUGUGGACGCCGUGAAAUCGCCUAUUUUGGCAGCCAACCUGGACUUAACCGGCGAACCGUCCCUCAGUAAAGUCAAGAAAUCCGUUAUCUUGGAAGUAUCCGGAUGGCAAGUCGGCAUCAUAGGCUAUUUAACACCUGAAACCAUAAAAAUCUCAUCGGUCGGCAGCAUCAAAUUCGAAGACGAGGUAGAGGCAAUAAAACGGGAAAGCACCAACUUACAAAGUCUAGGCGUGAACAUCAUUAUCGCUCUGGGACAUUCCGGAUACUUAACCGACCAGAAAAUCGCCGAGGAGGUCGAACUGGUCGACGUCGUCAUCGGUGGUCACUCUAACACGUUCCUCUGGAACGGAAAACAACCUGACUACGAGCCGGUCGAGGAUCCUUACCCAAAAAUUAUCACCCAAAAAUCCGGAAAGAAAGUCCCAGUGGUUCAGGCGUAUGCCUACACGAAGUAUCUCGGGGUCUUGAACGUUACGUUUGACGAUAAAGGCGAUUUAAUUAGUUUUGCCGGCCAACCUAUUCUACUAGAAAGCUCGAUACCGCAAGACGAAGACGUGCUGGCUCUUUUGGACGUCUACAGGCCGAAGAUCGACGCUCUAAACGAAGAAGAAGUGGGGGUUUCGAAAGUGAUUUUGGAUGGAAGCGACGCGGUAUGCAGACGCGGAGAAUGCAACCUUGGAAAUCUCAUCACUGACGCCCUGGUGUCCUAUGUGGUGACCGUAUCUCCAGAACAAUGGACCGCGGCGCCUCUAGGUUUAUACAACGGCGGAGGUAUUAGAAACACAAUAGAUGUGACCAGCUCCAACGGGAAGAUAACUAGAGGGGAUUUACUAGGAGUGCUACCCUACGGGAACCAGGUGGUUCAAAAAACUCUUAAAGGGGUCGAUUUGAUUAGAGCUCUAGAACAGGGUGCAAGGGGAAACGGAGAAACAUCUUAUGGAGAAUUUCCCCAAGUGUCUGGCAUGAAAGUGGUGUUGGAUAUGUCGAAACCUCCGUAUUCUAGAGUAGUGUCGGUGAAAGUUAGAUGCGGGUUAUGUUUGGUGCCCAUUUACGAGCCACUGGAUCCUCAUAAGAAUUACACCUUGGUUACGUCGAGUUUCCUGUCAGAUGGUGGGGACGGUAUUACAGCAUUACGGGAUAACUUUCUAGAUAAAAAGGUGCACGAUCUGACUGAUAUAGAUACUGUUGCUUGGUAUAUCCGGAAAUAUAGCCCGGUUUAUCCGGAAGUACAAGGUAGGAUAACGUUCGUUAAUGGUUCGGAAUGUAAUAGCAACGGGGCCUUUAAAAGUCGAUUAAGUUGGACAGUGUUUGUAAUAGGAUUUUUGCUAAGUUUUCUAAAUUAUGUAGAUGUUAAUAAAUAAAUAGUUUUUAUAUGG